UAUUGCAAGAUGGGGCUGCCUGCAGUCCACUACUGGGAUAAUUGCAACGUGACGGAGGGCCAGUUGGCGAGCCACCACCGUGUCUUGCUCUGGUACAAUGCGCAAGUCAAGUGCGUUUGGACGAACUCGACGCAUGAUCACUGCAAGGUGGCGCAGGCGAUGCGAACGUUCCGCAAGUUGCUGGCCGAAGUCGUAUCGUCUGGCAUUGCAGCGAUUUCAGACACGCCGUAUUAUUGCUUCUUAGAUGACGUGUUGAGUUGUGCACCACACGCGCGUUUCGCGCUGACACUCCGGGAUCCCGAUACUUGGGCACAUAAACGACUCGAGCACCAUGGUGGUGAUCUCGUUUGCAAGCGCGACGCGGGUUGGAACGGGUCUUGUUAUGAUCUCGGAGGUUGUUGUGGACCAGCCCAUGAGUUCGUUCAUCAGUGUUGGACGCUCAAUCGAAUUUAUGCUGCAUACCGCAAUCUCUCACUGUGUCAGGGUUCCCACGAGCGUCACGUGAGAAGUCGCGUUUCGGCUGACAAGUUGACGCCAAUGAACGCUUGGAGUUCCGAUGAUGAUUUCGAGGAGUCCUUUCGGACGCAUGCCCACGGCUGA